GGGAGAUACUGUCAAGGCGAGAUGGUAUGGGUUUAAAGAUAGUGAGAGUGAUUUAGAUCACUACGAAUGGGCUGUAUGUCAAGCAACUGUCAGAGGUAUAUGUGUUGGUCCAUAUGUAAACGUUGGCAGCAAUACGACAUCGAAUAUCGACGUCCUUGGCAUUAAUUUUGGCGUUUCGUAUGUCGUUGUUCUCCGUGCCUUCAAUAAGGCUGGUUUAUUCAGCGAGGCAACUUCUGAUCCAUUUAUUGUAGAUAAUUUGAAUCCAUCGGCUGGAAUUGUGUAUGACGGAUUACACAUACGGAAUGACAUCGAGUAUCAAAGUUCUGCUUCUCAGUUGUCAGCGAAUUGGUCUCCAUUUAAAGACGUGAAUGGGAGAAUCGAAAAGUACGAGCUGUGCAUAGGAACAGACCAAGGGUUAUGCGACAUAAGUGACUUUGAUAGUGUUGAAACUAAGUUAUCAGGAACAGUCAUAGGACUGAGCUUGAAUCACGAUGAAAUAUACUUUGUUACCGUACGCGCGACGAGUGUGUCCGGCUACAGCUCGGUAGCAGCCUCUAAUGGUGUCAAGAUUGAUACGACGCCACCUGUAAAGGGCCAAGUAAGAGAUGGUGAGACGCUCGUAGAUAUUGAUUUCCAAGCAGACGACACUUACAUCUAUGCCAACUGGGAUGACUUCCAUGAUGAAGAAUCAGGCGUCGCUGGGUACACUUGGUGUGCAGGAACUGGCAAGGGCUUCUGCGACAUCAUUUCCCCGACUUACGUCGCGGAUCAGAUACGAGCUGGACAACAGGUCUUGGAACCACUUCCCGCGGGAAUAGUAAUAUAUGUUACUGUUACAGCUGUAAACAACGUAGGCAUUUCUUCCACCGUUUCUUCAGACGGAUUUAAAGUUGACAACACGGGACCGAUUAUUUCAAGAGUUCGCGACCUGCAGCAUGGCUCAAGCGAUGAUGACAUUGAUUUCCUCCUUUCGAAAGACAGUUACUGCACUAGCUGGGAUGCCACUGCACCCGACAGUGGCAUUAUGAAGAGCGAAGUUUCCGUCUGCUCUGAACUUGACUCUAAUGACUGUUUGUUGCGUAACUUGGAUGUAGGUAACCAAACAUUUAUUUGUACGGCUGAUCUGGACUUUGAAGGAGGAAUCAAAUACGUAACGAAAAUCAAGGCUGUAAAUCUCGUCGGAGUCUCUACAGAGGUCUUUUCGGAUGGAUUCGUGUUGGAUUCUACACCUCCUUUAAUGGGUGAAGUUUUCUUUGCAGAGACGUCUAAGUCAACCAUAGAAGGUGUUACGAAAUACUACGCUCGCUCCCUAAUUUCUGCUCAGUGGAGGGGAUUCUGGGACAAAGAGAGUGACGUUCACACUUCGUACGUUUGUCUUGGAACUACUUCAGGGGAAUGUAACACGAGAAACUUUACCAUGGUUCAAAACUCCACAGCUUACACUUUCGCAGAUUUACCGUUUCUCCAAGGAGAAACCUACUUUGUGUCAGUGAAGGUGGAGAAUGGGGCAGGUCUAAAUAGUGACAUCCAAACAUCUGAAGGGAUUCUUUUCGACCAAACUGGUCCUACCAAUGAAGGCACAGUAAUGGAUGGAAAUACAGAAGGUGAGGAUGUCAAUGUUCAGCAAAGCAGAAUCCUCAUCGCUGCUCACUGGAACGCUUUCGACGACCUUGAAAGUGAUGUGGUGAAGUUAACUUGGUGCGCAGGACUGUCUCCUGGUCUAUGCGAUCUCGUCAAGGAGACUGAAUUAAACAACAAUAACACAUCAAUUCGUUACUUUCUUUCUAAACCAAUCUUGAAUGGCUACCGUUACUUUGUCACCGUCAAGGCAACCAACGGCGCAGGCGUGACAUCGUUACUCAAAUCUGAUGGCGUCAUGGUGGAUGACACCCCUCCAAUUUCUGGCUCUGUGAUUGAUGGAUUAGAGUCAGAUAGAAACUAUGUGAAUGGCGAGGAUGACAUCAGUGCUAGUUGGUUUGCCUUUAUGGACUUGGAGUCUGGUAUAGAUUCUUACAAAGUCGCGUUAUGUCACGAGAGAAACCUGUCUAACUGCCCACAGCCUUUCACUUCCACCGGAAAAACCACUAAUGUUACCAUCUCAGGUUUGGAUCUCGAACGUGGUGUACAGUAUGUGUUUAUUGUGCGAGCCAUAAACUUUGCUGGUCUUGCAAAAGAGGCAUUCUCUGACGGAUUCACUGUGGAUUUCAACCCACCGAAAAAAGGCGAAAUAUGGAUCGGUGUAGGGAACGAACAAAUCACCUAUCAAGCGGAUCCUACAAAGAUCGUCGUGAGAUGGUCAAAUUUCAUGGAUGUUGAAAGUGGUAUAAAGAAAUAUGAGGUUUGUGUUAGUUCUAUACUCCAAAAUUGUUCAGUAACCAGCUUCGUCGAUGCAGGACUUAACACAAGCUUUAUUGUCGAUGGUCUUAACCUUAAGCAUGGUGGAAAGUACUACGCUAUCGUUCGAGGGACAAAUGCGAUUGGUUUGUCAACGGAGGGCACCAGUGGAGGUGUUCUGAUCGAUUUAACUCCACCUUUACAGAAAGAUGAUGGUAACGUUUCUCCCCCGUCGUCUGGAAACCGAGCUAAAUUGAAUGCUUCCCUAUUACAAGUAGACGUCUCUAAUUCGUCAACAGCAAACGGCCCUUCCAUCACGUUUAAAUGUUUGGAAGAAUACUUAACUUCAAGUUGGGAAGAGUUUGAAGACCGAGAAAGUGGCAUGGUGAAUUAUGACUGGUGCGUCGGUACAGCAAAAAGUUUGUGUGACGUGGUGUCCAUGAGGUCAGUUGGAAUGAAAACAAGAGGCGCUGCAAUUGUCAACAGACUACAGUCUGGAACGAUGUUGUUCUCCACUGUGUUCGCCAUUAACGGAGCCAAGAUGAGAAGGCAAAUAAUAUCAAGGCCAUGCACAGUUAUCGCCGUUGCACCAAAGUUUACCGAAGUGAUUGACAUCUCAAGCUUCAGUUCGAGCAACCUCACUGACACUGACUGGAAGGCCACUAUGCAAAGUUUGUCAUUUAGGUGGAAGGCCAUCGGAAGCUAUCUAGACGAAAUUUCACUUUUACGCGUUAAAAUAGCAGUAACCGAAUUUUCUUCCAACCUGUCCGUGCCUCGGCUACUUCAAGAGAAGUCUUGGAACAGCGAGUCUUUAGAGCUAUCCUUCAUGGAUGUGCUCUCAGCUCAACACAACGUUACAAUACGAAGUAUGACCUUAAAGCCUUGGAUGCGUUAUCGUGGGAUAGUUCGUGUAUGGAACGAGGGUGGGAUUUUCUCUGAAGCAUCUAGCGAUGGAGUGCGAAUGGAACCUAGUCCACCAGCAACCCGUGGUCUCGCCAUCCGCGACAAAGCAGCCGAGAAUGAGCACCUCCGGUGGUGGCCAAACCUGAGAAUUCCUCCUGUUAAUGAUAGUAUUGUAGACAGUGAUAUCACCUUCAUAUCUUCUCCAGCGAAGCUAGAACUAACUGUUAGCAGUGCUACGUCGAACUCUACCGCUAAUACAACGAACUUCAUUCUCGAUCAUGAUCUGUUUAGCCCUACAGCUGAUUUUAAAAUAGUCGUCAAGAGAGUGACAAGUGGUGUAAACGACACAAACAGCACGACUGACUCCAGAACAAUGAAGAUAAUCCCUGGCUUUGCUGACCUUGAAGGUCCAUGUUGUGCUAAACACCCCACUAAUACCAUGGAUGCCUUAAGUGACACGCACUUUAAGCCCACCUCACCAGCAAAUGAGUUUGGUGUCUCUUUAGCCAUUCUGGCAGAUGAUGUAUUAGCUGUAGGAAGUAACGGAAAAGUACUUCUUCAGUCCUUGAAGAAUAAAACAGGAAGAAACCUCGUUACUCUAAGUGACCAUUCUGAUUCAAAUGUGACAGUAAAGGUAUCUUCUUACCAUAACACGACAGGCUUUCUUCUUAAUGGUAAGCUCUAUCUUUACAAGCGUACAUCCGAUGACCUUCACGGUGUGCUAGGCAAAAGCAUGAUAAUAGGACAUUGUAAAAAUGUGCCAUCAUCAAAUUGCCCUGAAAUUGAAGAAUGGGCAGAUUACCUGGGACAGUCAUUUGCUCUCAAUGACAAUGUAGUUGCUGUAAGAGGUACCAGAUUAUCCACUCAUAGUAACGUUGUAGCAGUUUUUCGAAACAUGUCAGGGAAAUGGAUGUUCGCCCAGACAGUAGGAGAAAAAAGGAAGCAUAUAAACUUUGGACAUUCCAUCUCUUUAAAUGAGAAUUUCAUGGCGAUAGCCGCCGGCGAUGGAAAUAAUUGCUGUGCUAUGAUAUAUUCCUUAGCCACUUUGACUCUCCGAAAGACGAUUUGUCUAACUGAUCCCACAACCAUAGUCGCGCCUCUUUCUUUAUACCUUACCAAGACUGAUGCACUGGUAAUACUUUCCAAGACAGCAAGACUACUGAAAGUGUUUCAGUUAAACAUGACUUCAAGCUCUCACUAUGAAGUAUGUAGGUACCGAGCUGGGAGCCUCAUCGAUGAACUGAGUGGAAAUCUUGAUGUAAACACUCGAGAAGAAGGGUUCAUGAUCGCUCUUGGCUUCGAAGCAAUGCGUGGUGGCGAAGGGGUACAGUUGCUUGGCUUUCAAGGAAUUUACACAGCAUCAAAAAAUUCUACUUCGAGUAACGAGAGCAGUAAAUGUCUCAAUCUAGGGUCGGUGCUUGCGAGAGAAAGUGGCUUACGAGCUGAUAGUUAUGGCACUCGAACGUCCGUGUUGUUCAAAGGAAACACAAUCCUAUUUGGAAUACCAGGCGUUCUUACUUGGCCAAAGAAUGAUCAGUGGUUAAGUACAGGAAGAGUUUACAUGGCAACAUAUUGUCCUGUGAACCACUUCCGUAGUACUAUUUCUGAACUACAUAGCUUGCGUUCAGUUACUUGUCUACCAUGUGAACCAGGACGAAAGUCAUUUGGAGGCUUUUCUGAUGCUUGCUCAGUCUGUGACGAAAAGUUGUGCUUGUCGCCUCCUGACAAUGAGUCAUCCAGCUUUACCACAGAUAUAUGCGAUGAUACGUCCUGUCUUUCCACGAUAUAUCUAAGUAACAAAACAAAUGGAAUAGACGCUCACAUGAGACAUGGCUCUUUGUUCGUUUCUGGACCCGAACAUGUCUACAGUGUCGAGCUGCUUGAAACAACACGGGCUGGCGAAUCAACAAGUUCAUUUUCAGAUUCUUUUGUGAUUGAUGCAACUGCACCUGUUCCUGGCCGGGUUUAUGAUGGACUGGGAACUGAUCAAAACAUGAACUGCUCCGAGAACUCAACAUUUGGCGAACACAGCCAGUGUUCAACUAGAAACUUUGAAGAUACGGAUAUAGAGUUUACCAACAAUACGCGUGAGAUCCAUGCCAGGUGGAUUGAUUUCCUGGACAACGAAAGCGAUAUCGUGGAAUACUUUUGGUGUGUUGGCACUCGACCAAUGGCAGACGACAUCCGCAUGUGCGAAAGCACAGGACUGAGGCCAAAUGGUAGUCACUUUGGGCUUGGCUUAAGUCAUGGUGAUUCGUAUUACGUCACAAUUGUUGCCUGCAAUGGAGCCCGGAUGUGUUCAGCCGGUCAUAGUGAUGGUGUUACAAUAGACACUACUCCACCUCUUAUGACGUAUGUCAGGGACGGGAUAAUGGGACCAGAUAUGGACUAUCAGGUUUUUGUCGAUAUCAUCUUUGCUUACUUCGCCGCAAGGGACGAGGAAAGUGGAGUAAAUUCAUAUGAGGUAGCGUGGGGGACUGCUGCUGGUUUAACCGACAUAACCGACUUUGAAGAGCUCAUUAACGCCACAAUAUGGCGCGCAAAAUUUAAAGACGACGCACUCGAGAUUGGAAGAAAGUACUACGCAACAGUACGAGCGACGAAUGGCGCUGGGUUACUAUCCGAUGAGCUUUCAUCUAACGGAAUCGUGGUCGGGAAAUCUGAAUAUGUCUUUGAUAAUUCAUCAAAAGCCUCGUUCUUCUUUGACACAGUAAGCGUGAACGAUGAUGGAUCACGUAAAGACGGGGGUGUAGGGAAAACCUACGGCACGUUGAGUGUCCCUGAAGGUGCUGUUGAAGAAGAAGUAAAACUACGAUGUUACAGUUUGGACGAGAAAACGCUGGAAGGAAACAAAAGUGAAGAGGGUCCAGUUAGCGAUCCGAAAAGAACUGCGCCAAAGCAAUUUAUGCUAGGAAACUACAGUUUCCAGAUCAAAGCCCUGGAUCCUAUAAACAAUACGGUGCAGGAGGGGUACCGGUUUGCUAAACCUAUUAAGCUCGCCAUGUUUUAUGACGUGGAUAACCUGGUAAAAGCGAACAAAAAGCACGUCAACAAUGAACUUACAGAGAAAGACAUAGAUCCUGUAUUAUUCUUGUGGGAUCCAAAGAAUGAAACCUGGUUUGACGCAAAACUUACCUGUCCAGAGCCCUGGAGUAUAGUGAACCGGUCGGUCAAGCUUUUGGAAGUAAACGUGUGUCACCUGACUCAGUUCGCCUUUUUCUUCUCCUUCCAGGCAGAGCAUGGCUUACUUCUCUUUUGGAAGAAUCAUUCAAGUUACAGUUUAGAUGGAGGCAUUCACGUUUCUCGCACGAUGAAAGUCACCACCUUGGAGAUCCUUGUACGAAGAUCCAAAGGUUCCCUGGGUGACAUCACUGUAUAGUGGUCGCUGUAUCAAAAUGAUUCUUCCAACAGCCUCGACCUAAUAUGGCCGAGAUCUGGGGAGGUGUCCAUGAAGAACGGCCAAUGGAACGAUUCUUUUAUACUCACUGUAGAUAAUGACAGAAGGCAAGCACCAGAGGGGGUCGUCUGGGUUCAACUGGAAAAUCCUUCGGGCGGCGCUUUGUUGGCGUCGCCUGAUGAGUCCACGUUAAAAAUCACGAUUGCGUCAAAUCAGAGGCCCGAUCAGGAGACAUGGAUAAUAACAACAAUAUGUGUAUGCGUGGUCUCCGUACUGAUAGUCGUUGUUGCCUCAUAUGGUAUCAAGAGACACAGAAGCAGAAGUAAAAGGAUUGUUACCAAGAUAAGCGGGCGCCAAGAUACUGAAAUGACUCAUCUGAAAGAUGCUGACAAGGACACCGGCCACGCCGUUUACAGCUCGAAAUCGACAGAACCUGUGGACCAUGUUGUGGAGACAGAGUUUAAUUCUUCAGCAUUCACACCCGAGGUCGAAAUGGUUUCAUCAAACCCACUGUAUGAGUCAUCAGGUCUGAGUGCUGAUUCAGGGGCCUCGCAAGCGGCAGCUAACCCUCUUUAUGAGUCUACCAGUCUUACAGGAUUGGGCAGUGCUUGCGUGAUUACGAAUCCGUUAUGCGACUCAACCUGUACCCCUCGUGUUGUUGAUGCUGCUCCAGCAAUCGCAAACCCCCUGUAUGAAGCCACCUCCGUUAUGGAAGGAACUACGGGAGAAGUGAAUUACGGAGGGAAUGUCGAUGAGGACGGAAGUGCGGAGAAUCGCUUGGUGGAGAAGACUUCAAUUGCUGCAAAGCUAGACUGAAUCGAGGAUCGAAGAACUUGGAUUUAUUCGUUUUCACAUUGAUCACAAUUUACACAUUAAUCAAAGGGGCAUACUGCAAUUAAGGCAACUAAAUCAGGCAGAUAGACGCGAUUAGUUGUUCAACGCAUAGUUGUACAAGGAAAGUGCGUGGGUGAAAUUAGGUUAAUAAUUUACGCUUUCCUUCGCCUGAAAUUCAUAAUUUUCGCACGCGCAGAGUGAAUUUACUUGUCAUCAGAUCAGUGGAUCUUUUGUUAUAAAACUCACGCUGGUAAACUCGUCUUACUCUUAGUUCUGGUAAGAUUCCUUUUCGUAUCUGGGUCUUCAUUUAGUCAACAGACCUUUUUUCUCCUCCCACAAUAAUUUUUUGAGAACCACUUAUCAUUUAAAUUUCUGAUCUCUGACUAUCGACAUUAUAGAAACCAACUACUUGUUUUCUUUUUCUUCUGUUUGUUUUUUUCCCUUUGUUUUCUUUCGAAUUUUGGAAUGAAAUAGAAAGAACGGAAUUAUUGAUUUGUCAAGAUAGGAGCACGAUUACCUUGUAGCUUUCUUGCAGUCUUUAGUCGUUAUAGAGCGCUAUGCAUUUGCUGGUAAAUUUAGAAUGAGACUUGAAUAAAAAGAUUUUUGAAAGAA